UGACACAAAUUGUAUGUCCGCCCUGAUGUUAACGGAACAUCAAAAAAAUGAGCCCAAGUCCCUCCCAAUAAAAAGCUCCAUUUAUUCCAUCGUUCGUCAAUCUGAUGUUCUGAAUACAUCUUGUCAUUUGUUGCAUCCUUCUUCACACAAUCUGAUGUUGUUCAAUGCAUGUCGCUCUUUAACACUGGUAGGUAAUGCCCUCUAUGAAAUUUCUUAUUCGCCAAUCCAUUUACUCCUGCUAUUAUUCUGCGCACCUUCACUUGAAAACUGUCUUCCUCCCAUCAUGCAAACUACACUUUACCCACAGAUAUUUUUGUGCUCCUCCAUUACCACAACACCAAGUGCCAAAAGAACAACGCCCAGCCGCAAAAACACUAGUUUCCCAAUCGCAAACCAGUCAAAUCCGUACACUCUGCAGAAAUGGCAGGCUGAAGGAAGCCCUGAAAAUUUUACAGGAAAUGGAUAACAUCCCGGCGAACCCUGCAACGUAUGCUUCUCUUCUGCAGGGUUGCGGAGACAUGAAAGCGCUUGAAGAAGGUAAGAAAGUACAUACCCACAUAAUCUCAAAUGUAAUUGAACAGAGUAUUUUUUUAGAAACCAAUUUAGUCACCAUGUAUGGAAAAUGUGAUAGUUUGUCUGGCGCUCGGGAGGUGUUUGAUCGGAUAAAAGAACCCAAUGUAUUUUCUUUGAAUGCCAUGAUAAGAGGAUAUGCUGCACAGGAAAAUAAUGAAGCAGUCGUUAAAAUUUAUAAAAAAAUGAGGUCCAGAGGGGUUGAGGCUGACGGGUUUACUUUUAUGAUUGUUCUGAAGGCCUGUUCAAAUUUAGGAGUUUUGGAACUAGGCAAGGAAGUUCAUGAAGAUGCAGUUAGGCUUGGGUUGGAGGGUGAUGUAUUUGUGGGGAAUGCAAUUAGUGCCAUGUACGCUAAAUGUGGGAGUUUGGAAGAUUCACGGCAAGUGUUUGACAAAAUGCCUGAACGAGAUGUGGUCUCCUGGAAUGGGAUGAUAGCGAGUUAUGCUCGUCAAAAGAAUUUUGGUGAUGCUUUGAGGCUGGCUAGGCAGAUGGGAGCUGAAGGGUUAAAGCCUAAUUCAGUGACGAUGGUGAGCGUGCUUCCUGUGCUGGCUCAGAUGGGAGCGCUUAGGGGUGGGAAAGAGGUCCAUGGUAGUGUGAUUAGAAAUGGGUUUGAGGGGGAUGGGCUUGUGAGAAACGGGCUGGUUAGCAUGUAUGCAAAAUGUGGAAGCUUAGAAAAUGCAUGCAUUGUAUUUGACAAAAUGCCUCAGAGAGAUGUAGCUUCAUGGAAUGCUAUGAUUGCUGGUUAUGCACAAAAUGGACGCUUUGAUGAAGCCUUGGAGAUUUUCAAAGAGAUGGUGCAGGUUGGUGUGAAUGCCAAUAUGCUGACGAUUGCAAGCAUUCUUCCAGCAUGUUCUUGUUUAUCAGCUCUGCAGCGGGGUAGGGAAAUACAUGCAUAUGCAGUUAGGAGAGGUAUUGAAUUUAAUGUUAUUGUGGCAAGUGCUCUUAUGGACAUGUAUGCCAACUGCAGGAGAGUGGAAGAUGCAAUUCAAGUUUUUAGGAAGAUGCCUCAAAAGGAUGUUGUAGCAUGGAAUGUGAUGAUUGCAGGUUAUGUUCAAAAUCAAUAUUUUAGUAAGGUAUUGAAGCUUUUUUAUGAAAUGCUACAAGAAGAUAUUCGGCCUGAUAGUUUCACCAUUGUAAGUGUUCUCUCAGCAUGUGCUCACUUGGUAGCACUACGACAUGGCAAAGAAAUCCAUGAUUACACAAUCAGAUAUGAGUUUGAGUCGAAUACAAUUGUAGGGAGUGCCAUUGUAGACAUGUAUGCCAAAUGUGGAAGCGUGGAGGAUGCAUGGAAAUGGUUUAUGAAGUUACCUCAAAAGGAUUUGAUCUCAUGGAAUGCAAUGAUUAUAGGUUAUGGUAUGCAUGGGCAUGGCAAGCAAGCCCUUACACUUUUCCACCAAAUGCAAAAUGAUGGCAUGGAGCCAGACCAAGUCACCUUUGCUGCCAUUCUAUCGGCAUGCAGCCAUGCAGGCCUAGUAGAUGAAGGUCGCCAAUACUUCAAUCAAAUUAGUCACAAAUAUUGCAUGACUCCCACCAUAGAGCACUAUUCCUGCAUGGCUGACCUCCUUGCCCGUGCUGGGCACAUAGAUGAAGCACAUAAUUUUAUAAAAAAUAUGCCAUUAGAGCCUAAUCGUACUAUAUGGGGUACAUUGUUAGGUGCUUGUAGAAAUUAUCGCAAUGUAGAGCUAGGGGAACAGGUUGCAGAGCGACUUUUUGAGAUCGAGCCAGAAAAUGAAGGAAAUUAUGUUCUCCUAUCAAACAUUUAUGCUGCAGCAGGCAGAUGGGAUGGUGUUCAAAGGGUGAGAAAAAUGAUGAAAGAGAAGGGUAUUAGAAAGAACCCUGGAUGUAGUUGGAUUGAGUUCCAAAACAAGGUGCAUGUGUUUCUUUCAGGAGACAAGCGUCACCCUCAAACUGAGAAAAUUUAUGCAGCAUUAGAUAACUUAACCGAACAGAUGAAGAGGUUAGGAUAUGUGCCGGACACAAGUUUUGUACUGUAUGAUGUUGAUGAAUUGGAAAAGGAGCGUGCCAUUUGUAGCCAUAGUGAAAGGCUUGCCAUUGUAUUUGGCCUUAUCAAUACAUGUAAUGGGACAUCUAUUCGUGUUACCAAGAACCUUCGUGUUUGUGGUGAUUGCCACAUUGCCACCAAGUUUAUGUCCAGGAUUGCCAAGCGGGAAAUUAUUGUCAGGGACACUAACCGUUUUCAUCAUUUCAAGGAAGGAUUGUGCUCAUGUGGGGAUUAUUGGUGAUGUUAUUUCAAUCAAGCAACAAGGAACUGAAGGUGAUAACUGUAGAUUCCAAGGCGAUGGAAAAAAUCAAGUGCCAUCUAGUAUCAUUUCGAGUAUAAUCUAUAGCGUGUCUCUCUUUGAUGUAAAUUUGCGUUCUAGAGUUGGCCAUGUUUUCCAUGCAAUUAUGAACCUAUAAAUCCUGACAAUCUCAGUGCCUCAAUGGUCUUGGAUCUGCAGUGCCAUUUUUGUUUCAAGGGGCCCAGGGAUGGAAAAUGAGGAUAGUUCUCACCUUUCUUUCACUGUUGAUAAUUUGAGGAAUUUGUUGAAGAGGAAAUAAAGUACAAGCUUGUCCUGUUGUUAAAGGCAAAUGCAAUUUUUGAAAAUUGUCCAACCUAAAAGUCCAGUUUUACAGGGUUUUGUUUCAAAAUGAUUGAUAUGUUGCUACAUGGCCCUUUGCCAAAGGUGGAUAUAAUACCUUUACUUGACUGUUGAUAGCUUGAGGAAUCCGUUGAAGAAGAAAUGAAGUUCAAGCUUGUGCUGCUGCCAAAGGAAAAUGGUAUUUUGCCAAUUCGUCUUCAACGAUUGGGUUGCAACCUGAAACCUUAUUUGCCAUGCAGGAUCUUUCUUCAAAAGACAUUGAUACGAACCUGAAACCUUAUUUGCCAUGCAGGAUCUUUCUUCAAAAGACAUUGAUAUGUUGCUUUAUCCUUGACCAAAGAUGGAAAUAAUUAGGAAUUGGAUGCUAGCUAGCUGGAAGUUGCAUGAUUCUGUUUGCGACAUAAUACUGACAGGGCAAUAUUUCUUAUUACUAUUACCAGAUUCAGGGGAGUCAGAGAAGAAACUUUGGAAAUUGGUGAGUUCCCCACCUUCUUUCACUGUUGGUAAUUUGAGGCAUUUGUUGAAAAAGUAAAUGCGUGCAAGAUUGCAUGUGGGCAAAAAAUGCAAUAUUUGCAGAAUUACAUUGGCGUCAACUAUUAUGUUACAAAUUCAAACAUUUGUGAGUCAUGUAGGCUCUUUUGUGUCAAAAAGCAUUGAUAUUUUACCCUAUGGAUACCUGGCCAAAGGUAUAAAUAUCUAGAAUUUGAAUGCUAGAUAGCUGAAAGUUGCAUGAUUCUGUUUCCACCUGAUACAAGAAGAGGAUAUUUCUCAUUAAUAUUUGUUUAUUAAAUGCACAAACAUGGAAUGCUUGAAGGGUGCCCUGGUUUAUGGGUUAGAUUCCUACAAUUACCGAUUGAGUCUUUGAUGCAAAAAGUUUUUGUUCAGACAGGCACGUAUUGCAGUCAUCUCAUCAAACAGCCACUUACACUAACUUAGGCUAUGUCAAGAUUUGGUGUCAAUUGAGACAAUGCUUAAGAGCUUCAACCUAUCUUAAGCUUGAUCAUACAUGGAAGCAGUUACUGGAUUAUGUAAAGUCUACACGGAUAACUGUGGGACAAUCAGCUCUAAGUUGUAUCCAUCCUAGUUGACAAACUGUAUUCUCAAGAGAAAUGGGUAGAUGAAAUAUCCAGCAAAACCAUCAUAAACAGACUUGCUGCUGAGAAAACUUCUUCAAAUCUCAGUUAGAUAUUUAUCUGACCAAGGCAGAAGCCCAAUCUAAAACUUAAGCCCAAACAUGACCAAUAAAUUGUGGAGAAAGGUUUUCGCCCAUUGGCAGGGUUAGGCUUUCAAAAGAAGAACUUAUUUGAAUUCCUAGCAAUUAUCUAGUGUCAUUAUGUGUAUUUCGUUUAUUCCAUUGUAUGAAGGUUAAUAUUUUGAUAUGGAUAGCAAUA